GGCGGCACUGACUGGCAAUGAUAGGCGGCACUGAUGCGCACUGAUAGGUGGCACUGAUAGGCGACACUGACUGGCAUUGAUAGGUGGCACUGACUGGCACUGAUGGGUGACAUUGAAAGGCAGCUCAGAUGGGCACUGAUAUGUGGCAUUGAUGUGCACUGGUAUGCCCUGAUAUGUGGCAUUGAUGUGGCACUGAUGGGCACUGACUGCUGGCACUGCUGGGGCUACACUGAUCAUCAGGGCACACUGAUCAUCACGUGACAGCUUGAGAGGAGCGAAAUGCUGAUAACCGGCAUUUCCGUGUUUACAUGUGAUCA